AUGAUAAGCUCUCAGAUUCAAAAGCUCAACUCCACCAAACCCUUGUCAUCGCUUUUACCAAAGCCCUCAGUCCUGAGCCAUGCAAACCCUAGCAGCAUUCCCAUUUAUAAGCAGCAAAAUUUCCCUAAAAGGCAAGCUAACUCUAGCAUCCGUGCAGCUUUUGGUAAUGCCAAGGCUGUAUCAGCACCAUCAACAACUCAAACGGCUGUGAAAGUUAAGGCAACUGUUACAGUUAAAGUAACAGUUGGUGGGAUUUUCUCCAAUAUUGCUUUGACACAACCUUUUGAUGAGUUAACUGAUGUAUUUGGUAAAACUUUUCUUUUGGAGCUUGUUAGCUCACAGCUUGAUCCCAAUUCUGGGUCGGAGAAGGAAACAAUCAAGGCUUAUGCUCAUAAAGCUAGCCAAGAAGAUGAUGAGGUGAAAUAUGAGACUAAAUUCACGGUACCGGCAGGAUUCGGAGAGGUUGGAGCAGUUUUGGUAGAGAACCAACAUCACAAGGAAAUCUUUCUUAAGGACAUAGUUCUUGAAGGAUUCCCUAAUGGUCCCGUCAAUGUUGAAUGUGAUUCAUGGGCUCAUUCGAAAUAUGAUGAUUCUACGAAGAGAAUUUUCUUUAGCAACAAGUCCUACUUACCAUCCGAGACACCUGAUGGACUGAAGAGGUUAAGGAAGCAAGAGCUGGAAAUUCUCCGAGGAAAUGGACAGGAGGAGAGAAAGUUACAUGAGAGGAUCUAUGACUAUGAUACUUAUAAUGACCUUGGUUUUCCAGAUAUAAGCAGUAAACUAGCAAGGCCUGUCCUAGGCGGCAAGGAGCACCCAUACCCCAGGCGUUGCAGAACUGGCCGCCCACGCUCUAGGAAGGACCCAUCAUCAGAAUCAAAAAGCAUCAUUAACUAUGUACCGAGGGAUGAGGCGUUCUCCGAGGUGAAAGGGUUAACUUUCUCAGCGAAGGCAUUGAAGUCUGUGUUAAACGCGCUGCUGCCAUCGAUUGAGUCUGUUUUUAGUGAUCCAAAGCUUGGAUUCCCUUACUUCAAUGCCAUAGACUCUCUUUUUGAUGAAGGAGUUGCAUUGCCUAAGCCGAAAAAUCCUGGGUUUUUCCGCACGGUAUUGCCAAGGCUAGUGAAAACGUUCAGAGAGGGAGGAGAUGAAUUGUUGCUCUUUGACACUCCAGAAAUGAUGGAUAGAGAUAAAUUUUCUUGGUUCAGGGAUGAAGAAUUCUCUCGGCAAACACUGGCUGGUCUAAAUCCUUUCAGCAUACAGUUAGUUACGGAAUGGCCUCUAACAAGUAGGCUUGACCCUGAAAUCUAUGGCCCUCCUGAAUCAAUGAUCACAACAGAACUUGUGGACAAAGAGAUCGGAGGAAUUAUGACUGUUGAAGAGGCUAUGAAGCAAAAGAGGCUUUUUGUGUUGGAUCAUCAUGAUUUAUACUUGCCUUAUGUCAACAAAGUGAGAGAGCUUGAAGGCACUACCCUAUAUGGAUCUCGGACACUGUUCUUCCUCACGGAAAAUGGCUCAUUGAGGCCUCUUGCCAUUGAACUCACUAGGCCACCAUCCGGUGACAAGCCACAAUGGAAACAAGUGUUCACACCGAGUUGUUUUGAUGCCACUGCUUGCUGGCUUUGGAGGCUAGCUAAAGCUCAUGUUUGUGCUCAUGACUCUGGUUACCACCAGCUUGUCAUUCACUGGCUAAGGACACAUUGCUGUACAGAGCCAUACAUAAUUGCAGCUAAUAGGCAACUAAGCGCAAUGCAUCCAAUCAAUAGACUUCUACGUCCGCAUUUCCGAUAUACGAUGGAAAUCAAUGCUCUUGCUCGAGAGAGCCUCAUCAAUGCAGCCGGAAUAAUUGAAAACACAUUCUCUCCUGGAAAAUACUCCAUGGAGAUCAGCUCAGUUGCUUAUGACAAGCUCUGGCGUUUCGAUACGGAAGCGUUGCCAGCUGACCUAAUUAGAAGGGGAAUGGCCGUUGAGGAUCCAACAGCAGAACAUGGCCUAAAGCUGACAAUUGAAGACUAUCCAUUUGCCAAUGAUGGUCUCAUUCUUUGGGAUGCAAUUAAGGACUGGGUUGGUGACUAUGUGAACCACUACUACCCAGAAGCAAGAAUGGUGGAGUCGGACGAUGAACUUCAAGCAUGGUGGACAGAAGUUCGAACUAAAGGCCAUGAAGACAAGAAGGAUGAACCAUGGUGGCCUGUCUUGAAAACGCAAGAAGACUUGGUUCAAGUUUUAACUACAAUAAUUUGGGUUACCGCCGGUCAUCAUGCAGCUGUGAAUUUUGGGCAGUACAUGUAUGGUGGGUACUUCCCCAACAAGCCAACAAUAGCUCGAACCAACAUGCCAACUGAGUCACCAGCAGAUGAGGAGUGGAAUCUCUUCUUGAAGAAACCAGAACUUUCGCUGUUAAAAUGCUUCCCUACACAGAUUCAAGCAACAACAGUGAUGGCUGUUCUGAAUGUUUUAUCUAGCCAUUCGCCUGAUGAGGAGUAUAUUGGUGAGAAAACGGAGCCAUCUUGGGAAGAAAAUCAGGUCAUUAAGGCUGCAUUUGAAAGGUUUACUGGAAGACUGAAGGAGCUUGAAGGGAUUAUUGAUCAGAGGAACACUGACUUCAACCUGAAAAAUAGGACUGGAGCUGGAGUUGUUCCAUAUGAGCUCCUAAAGCCCUUCUCUGCACCUGGUGUUACAGGGAAGGGAGUCCCUAAUAGCAUCUCCAUUUAA